AUGGAGUAUUCUUUGUAUUUCCUAACAGACGAUGAACAAACUCUUCAAGCCGUCUCCGUCACUCGUAUUACGACGAAUGACCACCUGAUACAUGCCCUGGCCUGCAGAGAAUGGAAGCGACAAGUGAAUAAGUACAUCGAACAGAAGCAGAAGCCCGAAAACGGCGAGUAG